GCUGGUACAGCUGCCGACACUGAAAUGACUACAGAAAUGAUAGCUAGCCAAUUGGAACUACAUCGUCUGAAUACUGGCCGUGUUGUGCCUGUGUGCACUGCCAACACAUUGAUAAAACAAAUGCUAUUCCGCUACCAGGGCCACAUUGGUGCUGCUCUUAUCCUGGGAGGUUUUGAUCUGGAUGGACCUCAGCUGUAUUGCAUUUAUCCUCAUGGUUCAACAGAAAAGCUGAAAUAUACCACUAUGGGAUCUGGCUCGCUGGCUGCUAUGUCG